CGUGUUGCUGGGAGCAAUAGGAGAAACAGAAAGAGCGACAAAAAAUGAGUGCGAGUUGUGUGACUCAGUCUCAGAGCGUUCACAACGUCUUCGUGUACGGCAGCCUCCUUGCAGACGACGUCGUCAAGGUGCUCCUGAAGCGUAUCCCUCCAUCAUCAUCCGCCAGCCUCAACGGCUUUCAUAGAUUUAGCGUCAAAGGACGUGUUUAUCCAGCUAUUCUUCCUGUGGAGAAUAAGAAAGUUACAGGAAAGGUCUUAUUUGGUAUCACAAAUCCUGAAUUAGAUAUUUUAGAUACUUUUGAGGAUGUUGAGUAUGAAAGGAGAACUGUUGAGGUUUCCGUGACGGAUAAUUCUGAGAAGUUACAGGCUCACACAUAUGUAUGGACUGACAAAAAUGAUCCAAACUUGUAUGGAGAUUGGGAUUUUGAGGAAUGGAAGGGAGUACACAUGAAUGAUUUUAUCAAGAUGACCACUGGGUUUGUGGAAGAAUUGGAGCUGCCUGAAUCAAAGCCAAGAGUUACCUCAUACGAAUCCUUCUAUAAGCAAGAUGGUCAAUAAUUAUACCCCCUUCUCUUAAAUGCUAUUCUUAAUUUGUAAAUUCUGAACUGUGUUUACAUCUCUCUGUCAUUCUAUCAUUGCCAAUGUUUUCAUUAUUGAAGUAUAUUUUCAUCCAUUUUAUUCGUUCUCCAGAAUUUAUUUGCAAAUAAAGAUGAAUUUAUUGCAGA